AGAGAGCGCGUGUGUUUCUUCAUUUGCCGCAUUCUUCUUCUAUUUCUUGGGGAGGCUGAAGAUCUCUAAAACCAUUGAGCUCUCUGGUAUUUUAUCUUCAUGGCUUAUAUUCCACCACACAAGAGACAUUCAAAGGAUUCAGACCGUCCAUCUCCAACUCCAGAGCUGCUUGCGCCGCAAUUCAAGAGGAAUUUGAACUUGAGAUCAUCUCGCCAUGAGAAGAUUGUCUAUGCAGACCAGUCGAUAAACAGAUGGCUCUCUGCUGGUUUGGAUGAUAAUCACCAAUUUCCUGCAUCUGCCUACCUCGAGCCGAUUUUGGAACCCAUUGAGCGGUUCAUAGGGGAGAAAUCCCUAGUUUUAGUGAACAAUCAUGCAGCUAAAGGUGAUGAUGAAGUGGGAGGGAAUAUAUCAAGACGACCUUGGGAAUUUGUAGCUGAAAAUGUGUGGCCAGAUUUAUUGACCUCUUUUGACAAUCUGAGGAACAAAAUAGAGUGCAAAGAGCUAGAGAAAGUAAAGCUGAAAUUGGUUGCUAGAUUCGGCAAAAUUCUUUUUCGAGGUACAAAUUCUGUGAACAUAGAAAAGGUCAAAAAACAUCCAGUCACUGAAACCACUUUGAAACAAUUGAGGAGAACAUUUUAUACAAAUGUUCCUACAUCUUAUAUGGAAAACAUUAUACAUGGAGUUGUGCCAAAAAUAGGAGUUGAUUUUAAAGCAGAUAAUGAUGUCUACCAUAUCAAGGUGGUGGAUAGCACACGACCAAAGUCAAUCAUUUCAUGCAAAUGUAGAGUAAAAGAAGAUAAAACGUUUGAGCUCUACAAGAUUGAAUUAAGCCCGAUUCGUCAAAUGGCCACAGACAUAUCAUGCGUGGAUAAGAAUUUAGACCUGAGGCUGAUGUUAUGCUUCAAGAGUAUUGUGACUGACUUAACUGAUGAAGAAAUGCAGAGCCUCAAAAAUCUGAUUAAUUCAGCUGUUUUAGAUCCUGGAGUGAAGGGUGGUUUGAGAUGGCCACUAGGGAAGUCAAACUCGGGGGAUCGAUACCAUGUUAGUGGGGUUUGGCACACAGAAAUUAAGUUGUAUGAAAGCACAUCACUGAAGCUCAAGGUAAGACAUGCUGAUCGAUUUAGUUUUGAGUCUUCUACUGGGGAGUCUGCAGUGGAGAUUACUCUGAAGUUGAAGCGAUUAGCUUCAGACAUACUGGAACGGAAGGUGGACACUGAUACUAUCUAUAACAUGUUUAAGGACACUUUAGGGUUGAUAUGGGAUCAUUUUCUGAGUUGUGAGCACUUCUUGACAUGAGCAACUUGCGCCAAGCUUGACCUACUGUGAAAAAUGUUAAUGUCGUUAUGGGAAUUCUUGUAAAUAUUUGUUAUAAAAUAUUUUUGCUGCCUCUUUCUUUCCUUUUUAAUCCUUGUAAGAACUUAAUAGGGUACAAGUUUGGCAUUUCAACAAGGGUAUGCUUGGUAAAUUAAUGAAGAUUGGCAAAAAGACUAUUUCCCA